AUGAUUAAUAUUCCUCCUUUCUCCAGUCAAGUUGAUGUGGCUGGGAACCGGAAGGCGGUUGUUAUCCGCAUACCAUAUAGACUUAGGAAGGCUUAUCGCAAGAUCCAUGUUCGGAUUGUGAGGGAGCUAGAGAAGAAUUCAAUGGAAAGUGCUUCUUUCACAAGGAGGGAGUCGUUGUAUCCUGGGAAGCGAACGCUAGUUUUCUUGGAUCCCAAGGAACGAAACAACACGGAGUACAAGCUGGAGAGCUUUUCUGCAGUUUACAGGAGGCUUUCAGGAAAAGAUGUUGUGUUUGAGUACCCAAUAACCGAUGCAUAG